CCCUAGCACUGAGCCCAGGGCAGUUAAAACGGUACCAAACUGGGUUAUUUCUGCAGUGUAGUCGCAGCCAGAGAAAGAGAGGCUGAGACCGGUUCUGUCCCUUGAGAGACUCUUUCGUUAGUAACUCUAUCUGUUCCUCCAAAUCUCUAUGUUCUUGGUGGAGAGGAGGAGCCCUGAGGGCCUCAGUGCGCAUGCGCGGCCAGCCUUCCCAGCCAUGAGGGUUUUAAUAGGUGGUGGGACUGGAUUUGUCGGCAGAGCCUUAACCCAGUUGCUGAAGAACCAAGGCCAUGAAGUCACCCUGGUUUCCCGCAGUCCUGGAAAGAACCGGAUUACUUGGGAUGAGCUUUCCCGUUUGGGGCUUCCUCCCUGUGAUGGUGUAGUCAACCUUUCUGGAGAAAAUGUCCUUAACCCCCUUAGAAGGUGGAAUGAAUCCUUCCGCCAGGACAUAGUCACCAGCCGGGUAGAGACUACAAAAGCCUUGGCAAAAGCCAUUGCAGAAGCUGAACCUCCACCUCUAGCCUGGGUUCUUGUCACCGGCGUAGGGUAUUACCAGCCCAGCCACACCACAAAAUACACAGAAGACAGUCCUGGUGGAGAUUUUGACUUCUUCUCUCGCCUGGUGACCCGUUGGGAGGCAGCAGCUAAAAUCCCCAGUGAUGCCACACGCCAGGUGGUUGUGAGGUCUGGUGUUGUGCUGGGCAGAGAUGGUGGUGCCAUUGCCCAGAUGCUGUGGCCUUUUCGCCUGGGUCUGGGAGGGCCCAUUGCUUCUGGCCGCCAGCCUUUUCCUUGGAUCCAUGUGGCAGAUUUGACAGGCAUCGUGGCUCAUGCACUGGAGCAGGAGGGGGUUAGCGGGAUCCUGAAUGGUGUUGCGCCAUCUGCCGUUACCACCACAAAUAAGGACUUUGCUCAGGCAAUGGGAUCGGCACUCCGACGGCCUGCCCUGUUGCCCCUACCAGGGUUUGCCGUAUCUACCAUCUUUGGCCCUGAACGAAGCAUCAUGUUGCUAGAAGGGCAGCGUGUGGUGCCCAAGAGGACUCUGGAGAGCAACUAUUGCUUUGAGUUCCCCGAUCUUCCCUCUGCCCUCCGGGAUAUUUUAUCCUGAGCCAAUAAAAAAGAAGCCUAUGUAUUAUUAGCUUUAUAUAAUGCUGCUGCUGUGUUAUAUAUUAUCAAAUACAUUAUAUAUAGUGUAUAUUAACUAUGUAUGGUAACAGUAUAGUAUAGUAAAGUAUAUAGUUCUCUAUGAUAUGUAUUAUAUCUUAUCUAUAAUAGUUACAAUAUCUAGCAGUAUAUAUUGACAGUUGUAUAUUAUUUACAUUGGAAAACAAAAUCCACCGAGAUGUUAUUUCUUUUUUCUUCUUCCCUUUAAUAUUUUCUAGAUGCUCUGUUAGUGUAUAGAGUGGACCCUCCACAUUCUCUGGGUUUGAGGACACAGGACCCCUGUGAAAGUGGGAAAAACAUAGAAAACACUGUAUAUUUUUUAACCUGAGAGAACAGCUCUCUAGGAAACUUUAGGUCCUUCAGCAGAACUCUUAUGGUCACCAUCCACCAGAGCCUGACCAUAGAAUUGUGCUGGCAGACCUACAAAUGCCUAGAGAAGUGUUCUCUAUAGGAAUCUGUUAUCACAACCAGUGCAACCUCUGGUGAAAAUUAGCCAUAGAGUACUGUUGGAGGACCUACAGGUUCCUAGAGAGAACAUAUUAAUCAAAUCUGUGAAAAGUCAAAUCCACAAAAAUCAAAGCUGCAAAUGUGAAGGGCUCACUGUACUUCUUGCCCACACAAACACACAAGUGCAGUGCUCCAACACCUUAAAAAAUAAGUUAUUAUAUAUUUUUUAAUAAUAAACAGUUAUUUAGUCUGCUGGUCUUAAGGUGCUAAGGUGUAUACAUUUGAUUAAAGCCUUCAGGGAGGUUUCUACAUUCAUGUUCAAUGAAAAAGGUUUCAAUGGAAGAACACACAGGAGGUUGUUCUGUAUGGGGUGUGUGUAGGCUUAAAUAGGUGCACAGCCUGGUUUCUUUUUGGAAGAAAUAAAAUCUGGCUAUGGCGAUAUUGCAUGAAGAGUAUGUGUUUGCUGUGUUU